ACCAGCUGAACUGGGGUUGUGUCUUUCCAUGUCCUACUUACAUCGUUUUUCUCUGCGAGCAAUUAUCUGACAACCCCCAUACACGAACAGCAGAUUGACCAGACUGAAGGCGAAAUGUUUGACAAGCUAAAGAAGAAGCUACACCAUCACAAGAAAAAAAGCCAUGCUGCCGAUGCACCUGAGUUGCCGAAGGCAGCUGAUGCGAAGGUAUCUUCCCCCGGACUCGAAGAAGAGAAGAAACUCCCAACCAGGAAAGCCGCAAAUUCGUCGCACGCCGACCCACAGCCUGCGCCACAGCCAAAUGCUUUUGCAAAAGAUCUCUGGUGGGACGCCCUCCAGAAACUGCCCGCUGCGAAGCAGACUCAACUGAAGAGCAUGGGCUUCGGAAAGAUCGGCUCGGGGGAAUCGGUCGAGACUGUUGGAGAUAACGACAUCGUCCUGCGGAACUAUACAACGAAGACCGUCGGUUGGGUGCAGAAAGCCGGUGAUAUUGCAAUUCAGUUCGCACCGCCGCAAGCUAGUAUGCCAUGGUCUGUUAUCAAGUCCCUCAUGCAGGUCCCCGUCAUUGAAGGGGAACAGAUGGCUGCCUUGCUAGGAGCCACUGAGAGAAUUGUUCGCAUCGUCAGUCGGGGACAAGUCUAUGAACAAGUGUACUUGUCAAAUGUCCCCGGUUCACCCGAAGAUAAACUAUCGAAGGGUCUGCAGGAUGCCUUAUUGAGGAUCUACACUACCUCGUUGGAGCUUCUAGCAGAUUCGGGCGGUCUCUUCUCUAAGAAUACUGCUCAUAGGACCCUUGAUGCGAUCCUGAACCCGGGAAAUGUUUCCAGCGGCCUCUCAGCUCUUGCACAGCAAGAAGAUGAGCUUCUUCGUGAUGUCCAAGCGUGUGAGACUCGACGCAGUGCAGCAGCAGAUGAUCGAAUGAUCGGGAUGCUUGACGCUCUGAAUGCUCCAUUAACACGAGUGGAUAAGAAUGUACAGACUCUUCUUGAAGGGAUGGAGAAGGAAGGGCGCAUUGCAUUGCUGGAAUGGAUUUCGUCGGUGCCGUUUGGCGACCAUCAUGGCAACGUGAAAGAGGGGAGGACACCCGAAACGGGUGAAUGGCUGCUACAAGACAGUGAUUUCUGUAGUUGGGAAGAAGCCAGCUCAUCUGGUAUUUUCUGGCUUCAAGGAUCUCCAAAGCUAGCCGGUACGGGAAAGACGUACCUUACAUCGCGAGUCAUUGAUCUUUAUCAGAGCAUGCUGAGCGACCCUCCCAAAGAUGAGGGUUUCGCCUUCGUUUACUGCAACAGGAAUGAAGAGGAUCGUGGAAAGGCACUGUCUGUUUUCCGAAGCUAUGUGCGCCAACUUUCCACUACCCCGGCCAGUCCCGAAUCAAUCCAGACUGAGUUGAAGGAGGCAUGCUCGAAGGCUCGAGAAAGCGGAUCAAAGCUCAGCUUCGAAACCUGCAAGGAACUAAUUGCUGAGUCUUUGAAAGUGUACCCGAAGACUACGCUGGUGAUUGACGCUCUCGACGAAUGUGACCCAGAAUCUCGCGAUAUAAUAAUUGAUGCGCUGAACACUCUUGUGUCUGAAACGAACAAUACCGUCAAAAUAUUCAUCUCAAGUCGACCUGAUCCGGAUAUCCAGGCUCUAUUGGUGGGGAGUACCAGUGUCGCUAUUCAAGCAAGUCACAAUCAAGCCGACAUUCAGAAAUUUCUCGAAAUACAACUGGACAACCUCGCCAGAAAGACCGCCUUCAUUGGCCGGAUGAAGGCAAAGAUCAUUGCUAAGCUUCUGGAAGGUUGCCAGGGAAUCGCUUGGAAGCGGCUCGAAAACCUUCCAGAGGAUCUUCAGAAGGCAUAUGAUGAGAUAUGGAAUGAGAUUGAAGCCUUAGAGGAGCCAGACAAGACCCUCACUAAACGCGCGUUGACAUGGGUAACGGCCGCACACAAGCCCAUGAAGACCAAUAUGCUCCUAUCUGCGAUCCGUGUAGGAUCGAAAGAUGACGAAGAAUUUCUGGCUGAUGAAAUUGACGAGCAAGGCUUGCUAUCACUUUGUAACAACUUCCUUGUGAUUGAUUCAAAGAUGGGAGUGUGGCGUUUCUCACAUGCUUCGGUCACAGAAUAUCUGGAAAGCAGGCACAAUUGGACCCUCCCUCAGGCACAUUGCCAUGCCGCUACUGCUUGUCUCUCAUUUUUCAUCAACGUUUACGAGGAUGAUCUGGAAACUGUGCCUCAUGAAGAGCUGCAGAAUUUCUGGCGGAGCGAAGAGUCCAUUCCAGAUGGAAAGUUCGACAUCAUCGACAUACGGAACCCAUUUCACAUCUACAUUAGACACUACUGGGUCGUCCACGUGCACGGAUGAUCUGGCUGUUCCGAAGAAAGCACGGUGGCAUCCCUUUUGAAGACCUUCCUCGGGGCUCCUGAUGACAGCAGUGUACAAUAUCGGAC